GGACGACCGGACGACAGGAUCGCAGCGACGUUAUACCGCGGUUGUUUAAUAAAGAACAAGACAAAGCGAAUUAAAAGAAAAGGAAAAAAAAUAAGAAAACCAAGAGAUGGUGGUAAAUUUCAAGGUGUACAAGAAGUCCUCGCCGAAUGGCAAAGUCACGAUAUAUCUCGGGCGACGAGACUUCGUCGACUACUUGUCGGGGGUCGAGUCGAUCGACGGCGUCGUCCUCUUGGACAAGGACUACGUCGAGUGCGGUCGACGAGUGUGGGGUCAGGUGGUCUGCAGCUUUCGUUACGGUCGCGAAGAGGACGAAGUGAUGGGUCUGAACUUCCAGAAGGACCUCUACCUGGCCUCGGAGCAGCUCCACCCGCCUUCGAAGAAGUCGGAAGCUUCGGACUUGACGAAGCUGCAGGAACGUCUCCUGAAGAAGCUCGGACCCUGCGCGUUUCCGUUCACCUUCGCCCUGCCGCAGGGGGCGCCGUCCAGCGUGACGCUUCAGCCGGGUCCUGAGGAAACCGGAGAGCCCUGCGGGGUCUCAUACUACGUGAAGAUGUUUGCUGGUGAAAGCGACAGCGAUAACAGCCACAAACGGAGCACCGUCACCCUGGGGAUAAGGAAGGUGCAAUUCGCGCCGACGAAGCAGGGCCGGCAACCCUGCACAGUCGUGACGAAGGACUUCCUGCUGAGUCCUGGGGAGUUGGAGCUCGAGGUGACCCUUGACAAACAGCUUUAUCACCACGGGGAGAGGAUCAUGGUGAACGUCAGCGUGAGGAACAAGAGCAACAAGGUAGUGAAGAAGAUAAAGGCGCUGGUGCAGCAAGGCAUCGACGUCGUUAUAUUCCAGAACGGGCAGUUCCGGACGGUAAUCGACGCGGUUGAGACGCAGGACGGCUGUCCCAUAAACCCGGGAUCGACUCUUCAGAAGGUUUUGUACCUCCAGCCGAGGUUGGAGAACAACAAGAACCGCAGAGGCAUCGCGCUCGACGGUCACUUGAAACGCGAGGAUGUCAACCUGGCCUCGAGCACCCUCCUCACGUCGCCCGACGUCCGCGAUUCCUUUGGCAUCGUCGUUUCGUACGCCGUUAAGGUCAAGCUUUACCUCGGAGCCCUCGGUGGUGAACUGUCCGCCGAGUUGCCCUUCAUUCUUAUGCUACCGAAUCCCUCCGACAGGAUCAAAGUCAUGACUGCCGAGAGCGUCGCCAUCGACGAGGAAAACAUCGGCGAUGAUAUCGUCAACACUUAGACACACGCAGACCGAAACUGGAGGAUCGUGAUCGUUCGAUUUCUUUUCCUCUUUGGUGUCUAAAGGUCUGAUUUCUUAUCUGACCUUGUUCUACUAAUCGUUUCUUUCCGAUUAUUCUC